GUCACGAUUUUUUUGUUGGGAAAUAACCACUGGCGUUUAUCUACAUCUGUAUAAUCCGUCUAUAUGAUGACAGGGGUUGUAAAUCAAUUCCUUUUCUGGUAAAGGUUAGUCAGAGACGUCCUUGGUAUGCCAAUCAAAGCUUCACGUUUGUCUCGCAUAGUCCGACCCAAUAUCAAACAAGCCCCCAAUGAACAGGUUGGAGUCAUCAUGAAGGCGCUUCAGAACACCUUAACUCCGGAUCUAUGCAUCCGAAUGACAUGGAGGGAAUGAUUCUGCAUCAGCACCUGCAUCGACUACUGCAAAUGUUUGCUGUUGGCUGCAGAGAAAUUGCGCGUCGUUCCUAAGGCAAGGUGUGGUGAUGUUGUUAGUUGUCAAGAGGCGGAAUCAAAAGACUAGGAAACAACGACGUUGUUGUGCGAGGAUCCUCGGGGACUCUACGGGCCGAAUCCCGAUUCUGUUGACCUCUAACUUCCAACCUGGAGGAAGACUAGAUGUCUGACAUUAGUAUAUAAAGGAGAAAGUCUUCCUUAUGCCAUCGUUAGGUAGAAUAUCCAUCUCUAACUGAGCCCAUAUCAACGAACUCUUCAUCAUGACCCGCCCCGACGUAAAAGCUGAUGCUCAACGUGUCUUCGAAGUGUUGAAGGCAGGAGGUAUAGCAAUAUGUCCAGCAGACGUUGGAUAUGCUGUUAUGGCCACCAGCGCUAAGUCACUGGAGAAGAUUUUCCUCACAAAGCAACGAGGGGCACACAAGCGACAUGCCGGAAUCGGGUCGUAUGCCAUCCAUAAGGAGGUCCAUGUUGUGUCUCCUAUGCAACGGGAAAUCAUCGACCACCUGAGCCAGGACCUCGAUAUCGCCGUUGGUGUUAUUGCGCGAUAUAACCACGAUCAUCCCAUGGUUAAGAACAUCGACCCUGUUACGCUAGAGGCGGUUGACGUGAACGGAAGUCUUUCACUUCUUGUUAACGCAGGCGCAUUCCAAGAUGCGCUCACGAGCUUGACCUUCGCGGAGAACUUACCAUUGCUGGGUAGCUCUGCGAAUUUGACAGGAACAGGAACAAAGUAUCGCGUUGAAGAUAUCAACAAGGAGUUGCUCGACAUCGCAGACAUUGUCAUCGACUACGGGCUCCUGAAGUGGUGGGUUCACGGAAGAAGCUCUACGCUGCUAGAUUUCAGCGGUCCAUCUGUCGAGACUAUCAGGAUUGGCGCCUGCUACGAUGUGAUCAAGGAUGUGUUGAAGCGGAGGUGGAAUAUCGACUUACCAGCAGAUCCGGGCAUGGAAUCCUUGAAGUUUGGACACUUGAGGAAUUUGGCCCCUGUCCCAUCAUUGCAGAACUUGAUCACGCCAGUCGCAGUGCAAAGCUCAUAGGCUACCUACCAACCUAGGUAGCAUGCAAUAACAAAAUAAAAUUAUAGGUGAUUGGUUCAUGGAUAAUUUGGUUUUAUGGUCCUUGGCCCCGCGAUUAUGUUGUAACAGCAAAGAAGCUGGAAUCGUUCCUAUGUGUUAC